ACGGCAUGUCGUGGAUCUCGUCAACCUUGACUUUCAUAUGUUCUUGUUCAGCUUCCGUGCUAACUUGUAUCGUGAGGCACGCAUUGACUUAGUGAAUGGUCGAUUUCUUCAACAAAAUUCCUGGAUUGAUAGAUUGAUUUCAAGUUUGAAGUGACAGCAGGCAGGAGGCGGGUCUCUUUCCAUCUUAGUUGCCGACUGAAAAAUUUAGAUUUAGAAAAUUUUAUGAAACCAUAGACAAUGUAAACAGAGAAGGAACCGAGGUGUUUCCUUCUCCAAGUCAUCAUCCUAGAAAUAGGAGAGGAGCUACAAUAGUUAGUUUCAGUUCCACAUGAAGCUUAGCUCCUUCAAUCUUACUGUUUCAAAUGCAAGCGAGUGGUAAUACUGGUAAUUUUCUCCGAAGUCCAGGCCAAUCCUCGCCAAAUACGAUUCGGAAGCUCAGGCGCAUGAGGAAGCUUAGACACGCUACAGACGAUGAACUCGGCUUGUCCUCCGGCGAUCGGUCCUCUUCCUCUUCCGAUUCCACUCGGAAGUCGCGGUCCGCCGACCACUGGCCCUCCUUGGCCGUCCCAAUACCUCUGCCGCCGGGUUCCAAUUCCGGUCAUAGUCUCCAAUCGCCGGACGAGGGGUUUGGUUCUUCGUUAGCUAGGAAGAAAAAUUCAGAUCAUGCUACCAAAAUUUCAGACAAAAAUUUAAGCCAUUUUAUUAAGGUGAACGUUAAAAAUGUUAAUAAUAUGAGGAGCAGUCCAACAAGGGGUUUUGUAAGUCCUGCUGUCAGCCCACAUACAGCAGGUGCUGAUCUUUUUUCUUUGCCUGGCCCCGAUUCAAAAUCUUUAAGCACUCGUCGUAGGGGAUUCUCUCAUGAUUUAAAAGUUGAUCACCCUUUAAGAUCGGAUGUAUCUCCCAAGAGUGCUCCAACAAGUGUUUUCUCAAGUCCUGCUGUUAGUCCUCAAAGAUCAAGACCCAGAGAUUUCUCUCCUUCUAUCUGGGCUCCUGAAGAAAUUCAGCCUCGGUCAACUGUUGAAUUCUUAGACUCGAGUAGGAACUGUACUUCAUCGAUUUCACCAGUUAGAACAAGUGUAUAUAGCACUGAUCAUUCUCCACUUCACAGCCCCACUAUGCAAAGUCCAAAACUCAGCCCCAGAAGUCCCAAAUUUUAUUUCCCAUCGCAUCCUCAAUCACUUCCACAGCCUGAACCUGGUAGCCAUGCCAGUGCCCACAAAUUGCCUCUUCCUCCUGGAGCUUUGGCAGCGCCACAAUCAUCCAUGCUAUCCUCUGUGAUUCAUCCAGUUAUUGAAACGCCAAAUCCAUCUUCAAUGAAGAAUCAAUGGCAAAAAGGAAAACUUAUUGGACGAGGCACUUUUGGAAGUGUUUAUAUUGCAACCAACAGAGAUACUGGAGCCUUAUGUGCAAUGAAGGAGGUUAGUAUCAUCCCUGAUGACCCUAAGUCUGCUGAAUGUAUAAAGCAGUUGGAGCAGGAAAUUAGAGUUCUCCAACAAUUAAAGCAUCCAAAUAUAGUACAGUAUUAUGGAAGUGAAGUGGUCGAUGAUCACUUUUACAUAUAUCUGGAGUAUAUUCAUCCUGGAUCUAUCAAUAAAUAUGUCCGUGAGCAUUUUGGAGCUAUAACAGAAUCUAUAGUUCGGAAUUUCACCCGACAUAUUCUCUCUGGGCUAGCUUAUCUGCAUAGCACAAGGACAAUCCACAGGGAUAUUAAAGGCGCAAAUUUGCUUGUUGAUGCAUUUGGUGUUGUGAAGCUUACUGACUUUGGGAUGGCAAAACAUCUUACAGGAUUAUCGUAUGAGCUAUCUUUGAAAGGCAGCCCAUACUGGAUGGCUCCUGAGGUGAUGCAGUCUGUGAUGCAGAAAGAUGCCCAUUCUAAUCUUGCUUUGGCUGUUGACAUUUGGAGCUUAGGUUGUACUGUAAUUGAGAUGCUUACUGGAAGACCUCCAUGGGGUGAGCUUGAGGGGCCUCAAGCUAUGUUCAAGGUCUUGCAUAAAACCCCACCUAUACCAAAAACAUUAUCUUCAGAGGGAAAGGAUUUUCUCCAGCGCUGCUUUCUAAGAAAUCCUGCAGAGCGACCAUCAGCUAUGAUGCUACUUGAGCAUCCUUUUGUCCGUAACUCAAAUGAUCACAGAAUAUUUCAAAAAUGAAACUGAUGGAUAGAUCACAUAGUCCAAUAGACCGAGCUGCACAGAAAGUUGAUUUUCUACCAAACUCGCCUGGCAAACCGAUUAGAGAUAGCAAGCGGCCUUGUAAUAGUGAAACUUUUCAACAAUGUUAUACAUUUAAUGCGCUACAGCUUCUCAUCACUCUCCAUGUACUACACUUGGGAGUAAAUCACUCUUUCCCUUCAACUCGAUUCAUAAUUCACAAAGUUUUAGUCCCUCAUCAAAUGACUCUAGCAAUAUGCCCCUCGGUGCUGUGAACAACCACCCUUGUGCUCUUUCAAGGACUCAAGGAAGAGAAGUUCCACACAUCUGAAACAUGCUGAUUGAAAUAAAUUUAUUUGAUAUCAAGUCUGUCAGGGAGAGAGAAGCCCCCAAGGAGGUUUUGAUUUUGGGUGUAAACUGAGAAGAGGUUAAAAUUUAUUUAUUUAUUUAUUUAUUUCAUUUUUAACCUCUAUUUCAUACUAUGUAAACACAGGGUGUCGUGUGGGAAAUCAACAGAGCUGGGAUGAGAAAGCUAGAAAUAUCCAUGUUUGUUGCUAGUGUUUAGCCUUAGUGAUAGUGUUUAUUGUAUAAUGUAACCAGGAAGAAAAAUUUGGUGUCAUAUUUUAGUUGUGACAAACGAAGGACUCGCAGAUAUUUUAGGGAUUAUUAUUAUUAUUAUUAUUAUUCUUCCCAAUUAAAUUCAUUCUUGACAA